CCGGGAAUUAGUCUCCCAGAGAAGAAACCCUGAGGCGGCUUACUUCGAUCAAUUACGCUAUCCACUUAUCGCUUCACGGUCUCUUGAUUAUCAGCUCGACUGAAGAAGCAGCACUCCUGCCCAUUGUAUUUUCUCUCCACCACCCGUCUCGCACAAUCGCACACAUUCACACAAUGGAUUUCGCACCAUACCAGAGCGAAGAGCCGUCAGUAGUCCGUCCGGCCCUGUCCAGCGGAGGAUACCCUCCCGCUGCUGCUUCCUCUUACGUCGGCUCGACACGUCACUCGAGCAGUUCCUCGCCUCCUCCCCCCGUCUACUCGCCAGAGCCCAGUGCGUCGCCCUACACCGGUGGACCUAUGUAUGGCGGUGGUCCCUCGACAUACGUGCCGCCAGAAGACCCCGCCAAUGCGAUUCCUGUGAAUCAAUAUGAGACCAGCAUGCCGCUAAGACUUGACUGGGAGUGUGUCAUUGCAUACCUGGCCCUGCCUCCUGUUGGAUCGGUGAUCUUGCUUAUUUUUGAGACCAAGAACGACUUUGUCCGAUUCCACGGCUGGCAAGCAUCUCUCCUUUUCACCCCUCUCUUCAUUGUGUACAUCAUUCUUUCUUUCUCGACCGUCCUGUCAUUCAUCAUCCUUGCCGCCUACAUCAUCGCCGCGCUUUACCUAUCAUACCGCGUCUACCGGGACUCGUCCAACCUCGAGCGACUAGAGCUGCCCGUCAUCGGUCGCCUGGCUGCGGACUGGGUCGACUCUGAAUAAGCAAGUGUGCUGAUAUAUUGAAUAUGGGCCUGAGGAUCGCACUCCAUUGUGUGUCUAUGUAUAUGCGUUCUACCACCUCACCAUAUAGGCUGA